AUGGCAUCUCAGCAAAUGCCUCGCAGAGAUCCCAGCAAGAAGGUGAAAGAGAGAGAUGAUGACGUUGAGACAUAUGGAAAGAAGUCGUUUGGUGAGAAAGAGAGAGAGUUGGUUUCUGAUAGAGCUAGGCCUAAGAAUAUAGUUAAAGAGAAAGAGGUUGAAGAAGGAAGAGAAAGUGGUGGUGGAAAGUAUGAAAAGUUUGAAACGAGUUUAGGAGAAAAAGAUAAACUCGAGGGAAGAACAAGAGUGGUGGAGGGAAAAGUGUGGAACGAAGAGGAGAAAAUAAGAAACAUUCCUCCAAGAGGAAAAGUAGAGGCAGAGAAAGGAAGAGCAAUGGAAAAAACAACAGAGGAAGCUCAAAGAAGAGAGAAAGGUGAAACCAAAGAGCAGGGUGAUGGUGAGGAACAAGGAAGAGGAAGAGAACAAAACGAGCAGCCUAGUCUUGAAGACAUUUCCAAGUACAGAGGCCAAGUUCAAGAAAAAGCAAUGAAUGCAGUUGAAGCUGCUAAGGAGAAAUAUGAAAAAAAGAGAGCAAAACAAGCAGAAAUAGAAGCUUCCAAAGAGAGAAACAAGCAGGCAAAAGACUUCACAAGAGAGAAGGGUCGUCAAGAAGGAAAUCUUGAAGGAGAUACAGUGCACAAAACUGGUGGAGGCAUCAAUGAUGAGAAUGUUGGAGAGGAAGCAGUGGAAAUUGGAAAGAUUGCUUCUAAAGUGGCUGCAGAUUUGAGGGAUAGGGCUAUAGUAACAGGUUGGAGUGCUGCUCAGUACUCUACUGAGAUGACUGUGGAGGGAACCAAGGCUGCAACUACCAUUGUUGAGGAAGCAGUUGAGUAUUUGGGCCAGAAGGUUUAUGAGCUUGCCGCUAAGUCAAUGGAUACUGCUACUGGUUUAGCUGCUGCUACUGGUGAGAAUGCAAAGGAGUACACUGCAAGGAAGAAAGAGGAGGCAGAGAGAGCUUUGGAGGUCAAAAGAGAAACUCAGAAUCAGGCAAACGAAACUGUGGCUGAGAUUGGAGAUAACAUGGUGAAACCAGCACAUCAAAGUGAAGGAGGAGGAGGAGUGUUGAAUUCCAUAGGUGAAACCAUAGCAGAAAUAGCAGAAACUACUAGAAUAAUGGUAUCAGGAGAGGGAAAAGAGGAAAAACCAAAAUCACCUCAAUAUGAACAUGCAGACAUGAAACUUGAUUAG